AUGUUGAGAAACUACAGGAGUACACCACAUCAAAUAACGAAAGAAACCCCUGCCAAACUUCUGAUGAAUAGAGAAUUACGUACCAAGAUUCCAAGCAUCACUGGUAAGAAACAAGUUGAUGAUGACAAACUGCGGAAAACUGAUCGUAUGACGAAAGAGAAAUACAAGCAGUAUGCAGACACGGGGAGGGAAGCGAAAAAGAAAAAUCUAAAGCAAGGAGACUUUGUUUUGCUACAACAGAAGCAUAAGAACAAAUGCUCAACCAAUUUUCGACUGGAUCCUCUCGAAAUUGUUCAAGUCAAAGGUUCUCAGAUCAUCAUGAGGGAUAACAGUGGAAAGACUUACCGUUGAAACUCCAGUCAUGUUAAGAAAUUUCUGAAACCAGAUGAAGAAGAAGAGGAAGUAAGCGUUGACGAAGAAGAAUUGGAAGGGGAAGUAGAAGACGCUGAACCACCCUAUGCUGAACCACCCUCUAGCCGAACACUACCUGAAUCACCACUGCAACCAUCCGUAUCACCACACCCAAUACCACAACAGCAAGGAACUAAAAUUCCCACGGUAUCACCAUCUACGAGUGCUCUUAGAAGAUCAGAAAGAUUCAGGAACAAAGUAUCUAAGAAGAACAAUAAAUGA